GAUUUAGAUGAAUUUAAAAAAGAAAUAGAAUCUAAGAAAAAUUGCAAAUUCCAAGCUAAAUGUAUUCUAAUAGCCCAGAUACUUCUUAAUGAGGAACUUAUAGUUGAAUAUCAUCCAUCUUUUAUGGAAGGAUUAGAAUUUGAUACCUUCUUCCAAAGUAAUCAAAUCACGUUAGAGGUGCAAGGGGCUCAUAGAACUAGCUGGUAUAAAGAUGUCAAAAAACUUGAGGAUGUUGUAAAUCGUGAUCAGAAUAAAGAUGUAUAUGUCAAAAUAACAGAAUUUUUCUACUUGAGCCUUGUAAUACACUUUUUCAAUAUGGGAACUAUUACCGAUAUGGGAUCUAAAGGCUCUUUCCGCAUUCAGAUUGAAAAUAUGAAUGGAUCGAUCUCUGUGGAAUCCAAAUUUGAUGAGAUUCGUGCUAGAAUUGAACAAGAGCUGAGGGGGAAAGAUUCAGGCAUUGUAAAGAUUAAUUUUCCUGCUGGAGAACUUGGCAACCUUAAAGCACGUGAAGAUAUCCACAAUUCCUUUAACGCUGAAAGAAUAGGAGAUAAUCUAUUCAUCAAAUAUAAUUCGGGAGGAAAAGAGUACAUUCAUCGAAAACUUGCAAAUUCGCUUGAAAAUCAAAAUCAAAAUUGGUGGACAAGUGUCAACACUAUAUGUGUAGUCAGAAAUAGAGAUCUCAGACCUGAUGUAGGUGUGUGGUUUCGAAAGCCAACUAAUACACAAAGAUUUAAACCUCUCAUCUAUUCAUGUCCACCGCCUGACGUUUGGAUUGAGGACCGUAAUCACGCAUUAGACAAUAUCAAUUGGCUUCAGCAGAAUACAACUGGUAUUGAAUUUGUGGCAAUAGGUCUUCCUUCUGGAGUGACCUCUUUUCGCUCUAAUCCUGAACCCGAAAUGAUCAUGGUUCAUGCAACUAGUCAACUGACUCGACCUACCAGAGCACCGUAUACAUGCCAUUGGGAUUUAAAUUUUAAUGAAAUAUGGUACGAAAUGGAUUGGAACCAAUUUAUUACCCUUAGAUGUGGCCUAACAAUAAACUUUAACGUUGUGCUUGAAGAGUUAUUAUAG